AGUACGAUGUUGACGGGCGCGUCCUUGCGUCGUCCAGUGCCUUCUACUCUAACUCCUUUCCCACUCAACUCUAGUAGUAUGAGGUUCCCUCAGACAUACGACCCCGAAUCCCCAUCGAAAGCCUAUCUACAGGGAGAGGAUGCGAGGGUGCAGGAGGAAAUCAUGGCGUUGGAGAAGCGAAUCAGGCACAUGGAGGAUAUUUACUGGAAUUCGCAUCCACCAUCAUACAGGUCGGCCUGAAAUAUCUCCUCUUCCAACGCUAUAUCUUUGGAUGUAUGAUCUCCAAGUGUACUUUACCGAUCAGACUCGAGUGGUCAUACAUAGUCUAGCAACGGAAAAUGGCACUUGGCCAUGUUUACUACCGUCAGUAAUGACGGCGAACAUCUCGUACAGCUCCGAUCAACAUUGUCAUUCAUCUGGCAGUCAACAACGUGAAGCCCGUUCAAAAUUUCCCCAUCUAUCGACUCCUAUGAACUCUCCAUUCUUCCAACUGUGUACCUUACUGGUGCUCAUUCCAUUAGUGUUGACCCUAGAUAUCACGCUGGACGGAGCUCCGGUGGCCUUCAAAAGCACGCCAGUAGUCUUGCACAGGAUGCAGGACGAUCCUCCCGACUUCAUUCUUGGUGCAUUCUUGAUCCACACCGACGAAUCGUUGAUGGUAGCAACGACGACUCAGGCUGUGAAUAAUUUCAUAGCGGACCUAACCGCCUUUAUGACCUUCAAUUAUACAAGUACAUCUGACAAGGACUGUAUCCUGAUCGCUUGGAUUCCGGGGACUGAGCCUCAUAACCAAUUUACUCAAAGCGAGCCGUUUUCAGUGGGAAGCAAACCCAGAACGGCUACGUCAAGCUUCGAAUCAAUACCGGCAGAACCAACAUUCAAGUCGAAUUCUAGUACUACUCCCAAUCCUACCACACCCAGUCCUUUUCCGUCAGUGGUAGGCUCCGAGUCGAUAACAUCUAAUGUUCCUCCUGAACACGUAUCACGCGCGGGCGCGAUUGUGGGAGGCGUCCUUGGCUCAGUGCUUGUCCUUGGGUGCAUGGUUUCCACGGCUAUAUAUGUCUUUAUUCGGAGGCGGAGACCUAGAGGCAGCCACAUCAUUGCUUCAUCCUCAGGGCAACCCAGCGCCAACUCUGACUCCAUUUACACUGAGAUCUAGUAAUGUGGGUUUCCAUCAGGGACGCGAUACUGUCGAAGCUCAAGAGUCUGUAUUGGAAACGUCGGCCCGUUUAGAGGCGGAGAAUGCGAGGAUGCGAGAGGAGAUCGCGGCGUUGCGGUGGGAUGAUCAGAUCAGACGCAUGGAGGCUGGAUACGAGGCUCUGCCUCCACCAUCUUACAGGUCUGCCUCGAGUUACUCUCCUCCUAACGUUU